AUAUCAAUAACUCCAUGUUAAGUGUAUGGGAGUACUUGGUAAUAAAUAGUUACUUAUAUUCAUAUCAAUAUUUAGUGUAUGAUUCGACUGGACAUCAUUACAUGACAUUGGGACUAUCGCUUUGUAAUGACAGAAAGUAAAAAUGAAGAGACAAAGAAGUGAUGAACAGAUUCAGACUGAGGCUAAGAGACCGAAGUCAGAAAAAUAAAAGAGUGAUUCUCCGACUUCAGUAAGUCAACAACAAGAAUGCGGCGGCGACUAUGUUACAAAGAUCACAGCAGAGGAAGCUGGAAAAUCACAAACAGAACAAAAUGUCUUUGAUAUCGACGACGAAAAGGAACUAAAUACGAAAAAAACUUAUCCGAUAUUCAAGUCGUUUGAGAAUAGUGGAAAUGUUAAAAGACCAAAGUUAAUAUGCAAAUCUGGCUUUAACUCAGACAUCAGGAUCAAUACUAGUGAUAAUUCCGAAGCUGUAAAAGAUCAAUAUGUCAAGAAGUCAAGCAAUGUUUGUGAAAUUAUAAAACACGAAGAAGAAACUGAAAGUGUUUCUCCUAGUACUGCUACAGCUAGUCAGAUUUCACAUGUACCAUCCGCGCAAAAUAAAAUGAAGCAUGAACAAAGUGAUAAUAACACAGUAUAUAAAAAGGAAGAUCGAGCGGAAACUAUAUCCAAGUUUAUAGAAGAGGUACCUAAUAAAGCUAUAUUCACGAGUCAGAUUAAAGAAUGGACGCUGCCGGGCGCACCCAACCAGGUCCCAACAAACUAUGAAGAUAUGAGUCCGAGUAAAAUGCCGACAGAGAAAAGAUCGAUAUACUGUGUGACCUCUAAUAGACAGAAACCCGAUCAACAGACGAACAUUUUUAUUCCCCACAAGUAUACCGAUAAACCCGAAGGUGAUGACUUUGGUGCGCAAUUGUGUACCUACAUAGAACAUUUGGAAUACGGAAAGAUAUAUUACCGACAUUUCUUUGAGAAAGUUGAACCACAUCAACCUGCAUCAGAUAUGAGGAUUCAAGUUGAUGAUGAACUUGUGCUGUUACAUGGUGUGUUUGUUCCGGCAAUGCCUCAUAUGAACAUGCUGAACUUGUUUCGACAUGUCAAAGUGGAUGGGAAAACACGGUUUUCUUUGAUUAUAAGAAGGAAACUGACCAAACAGAAAUGGGAGUGGAUAGAAACAAAUGCUGUUCUAUCUCCGAAAAAACGGAAAGUCUCUCCAGCUGUUGCUGAUUUAAAAUAUGAAGAACUAGAAGGUGACAAGACAGAUUAUAGACCAAUGAGCAAACACCUUUAUAAGGUAUCUGGCACCGAUAAGUACAUAGAUAUAUGUGACGGUAAAGCACGGAUUGGUUUUAUGAAUGAUGGCAGCAACAAAACAAAGAUAAUAUGGAAGCAUCCAAGGUUUUUGCAAGUUGACACUGAAGGACAUAUAGACUUUGCAACUACUCUUUGUGAUCUGACAAAGAAAUGGUAUAUUGCAAUUGAUCAAAAGGAUCAGAUAGUUGUAACACGUAAACCAGUCUGGUUCAAAAUGAUCAAGUUUGGAAGUUAAGUACGUUUUAAGUUUCAAAAACUGUAUCUGGGAUAUGACUUAAAGAGUGAUAAACUUAAGGCGCAAGUUACUGACUGUUUGUUCGAAGAACUUCCAGCACCUUUUGUUGAUACUGAAGACAAUGUGUCAGAAAACCAGACUGCAAAUGCUAUUGAGGAAGCCAUAAACAACACAGUGCAACCCUCUGGAAAACAUUCUCUUCAUACAAAUGUUGAGCCGUCACAGAGUGGCUGUAACUCUGCUUAAAGCAGUGAUGUAUACUCACUGUCAAGUAACGAUUCAGGAAUAGGAGGUUUGGAUUUUACUCCUUAAAGUGUGAUUAACAAUACUGUAGUAGCUGUUCGUACGGAUUUCCACAAAGUUCUCAGUUGUUACCUAUAUAUUGACACAUGAACAAUAUAGAUAAACAUCGCCUAUAAAACAUAAUUCUGUUGAGUCUUUCCACACUUAUCAUUUAAGAUGUCGUUUUAUGCUUUUUAAAGCAGUGUAUGUGCGUGUGUGUGUGUGUGUGUGUGGGUGUGGGUGCUUCCGUGCAUGCGUGUGUUCAUAAUCGCUCACCUUCACACUCGCUUACCUAAACACUUUGCAAUGCCUCAACUGUUGUUAACUUAAACAUUUAUUUGAUAUUUAUGGUAAUAUGUGAUUUUCUAAUGAUCAUCUAUUUUACUUAACCUGCUUUCUUCAUUUGCAAUUUAAGUCUUGUUGUUUCACAGUUUAUUACCUUUAGGUUACCUUUUAAUGUCCGUGUGUUUAAUUGACUUAGUAGUAAUAUGGUCGCUGUUUAAAUUCGAUAAAAAAGGUAACGUCACCACUGUUUAUCAAAACAUUACGCAAUAAGUGGUAUUUUGCAUCUAUGAUGUUUUGUGGUAUUAUAAUUUGUUGCUGGUUACACCAUUUUAUAGCAAGUUAUCGGAGGGAUAAAAGCAAAAAUAAUAGCUGUAUAAUAUUGUAAAAAAAUACGUACAUGUUCUUGCAAUGACUAAUCAGGAUACCCUAUUUCAUUUAUAUUUUGUACCUUUUAACCUCCGUUACAGUUCCCAAAUUUAAUAACAUCACCGCUUAAUUUUAGAAAAAAAAGAACAAACAGACUGAUAUGGUGAACUUUUUUAUUUAUUUACCUGUCAAAGCCAAAUGUUUUGUUUCUUUUGUCGAAAACAUCAGCAAACUAAAAAAACUCAAAACCAUUUUUAUGAUGUAGGUAUUUAUUAAGAAUUGUAUUUCUUUUUCAUUAUUUUUUUUUUAGGUGUAGAGCACUAUAUAAAUAAUUUUGUAAGCCCUAGUAUAUUAUACAAUUAAGUACUAUCAUAUGAAAAUCGUUAAUAGAGCUUGCAUGAAUAAUGUUAUACAUUUUCUUCUUUUACAGACCUAAGAAUCCAGGUACGAAUAUUAAACACCUUGAAUUAUUCGCGAGUGGUAUUUCGUUUAGAGUUGGGGGACCU